AGUCCUUCGUUGCUAUGGCUGGCCAUUUAGUGUGCAGCACUUUGCUAUUUUGUAUUUGGCACUCAUUAAAAUUUUUGCAUCAGAAAAUGGAUAUCUCCCUUUGUGCCAGAGACAAGUGAUGUCAACCUCUGACCUGCCCACAAAAGCAACUGGCCAGUCUUAUUCUUCACAAUUUCAAAAGGGAGAGAGAGAGAGAGAGAGAGAGAGAGAGAGAAAGGGAGGGAGAGCUCUUGUGCUUCUGUUGUGGAAGUGAAGUACUUUUUCUGUCUCUCUCUGUUGGUUCAAGACCAGAGCAGAAAUGACCUCUGCUUCAGGAAAUGCAACAGGCUUGGAAAUUCUUCUUUCAACACUCAAGAGUUCGUAUGACGUGCAAAAUACUCUCAGCAUCCUGCAAAUUCUGGAUGAAUUGCUAUCGGCAGGGACAGUCAAAAGGAUCCGUUACAUGAUUUCUAAAGGAGGCAGUGAGGCACUCUUGCAUACACUAAUUAACAUGACCAGAAUAUUUCCUCCAAAUUACGAUGUCCUCUUGCCUCUAUUGCACUUGAUCGUCAAAGUUGGACAAAGAGACAAGAGGUUUGGACAGAAAGCUCAAGAAAUUGGAGCCAUUAAUGAGACCUUGAACCUACUGAAGCACAGUCUACCACAGCCCAAGUACGUCACUCCCUGUUUGUGGGUUCUCAAGAUCUAUGCUACAAGUGUUGUAACUGGUGCUGCACUCGGUAAGAGUGGAAUUACAAGACUGCUGUUCAAACUGAUAUCUCCGUAUACAACCAGGAACACAAAGGCUGUAAGAGCAGCCAUUGAAGCUCUUUCAGCAUUAUUGAAAUCGAAAUGGAACUGCAGGAGGGCGGUGGACAAUGGAUACAUCCACAGGCUCCUGAAGUUGUAUCAGGAUUGGCACCAACGAGAUACACAGAACAAGUUCAUCUCCAUUCACAAAGCUCUGCUUAACUGCAUUAAGAAUAUGACAAACAUCCAGGCUGGGAAGAAAGCCUUUCUGCAGGCAGACGGCAUGCGGGUCCUGCUCAGUGCCUCACAGGCUUAUGGCAGUAGUCCAGGCCUACAGCCCGUGAUCAAGUUGGCAACACAAGUCAUGCGGAAGUGUCACCCCAAACAGCCUCUUCCUUUGUUAACAGUUAGAAGUUGCUAUUCAUUUUUACUCCCGAACGCAGCGGACUCGCAGCCACUGGCCUGUCCCAGUAUGUUUCCUCAAGAGGUCAUUGCAAUGAAAGAAGAUGAUGAAGAACAGGAUGAUGAAGACAACAUUGAGAAUGAAGAACCAGUGUGUAAUGAAGAUGAUGAUGAUCUUGAAACAGAUUUAACAAGACUGAGGCCAAAUCCACAACUCGAUAGAGCUGUGGAGGAGCUCAAACAAUAUGAAAGACUUUGCCCAGAACUUACUGGAUAUUUUCAGGUAAAAUAUGCAGGCAAAGCUCGGAAAGGUAUGCAGCCAGUGAUGUACUCUGUCCAUGAGGCAUUGUGUGGAAGACCACAUUGGAUUCGUGUGGGUUCUGAUAUCUACUAUUACAAAAACCAUUAUUGCAGAUAUAAUGCAGCUACAAGAGGGCAGAAGGAAACAUCAUACUAUACCUUGACAUUCACCAUCACUUUCCUACACUCGAAGGAUGUCUGCUACCUGGCAUAUCACUACCCAUACACCUACUCAACACUAAUGACUCACCUGCACCUCCUCGAGGAGUCACUGAAUCCUGAUCAGGUUUACUUCCGGCAUCAGACGUUAUGUUCUACAUUAGGGGGUAACAGGUGCCCAGUGAUCACGAUUACUGCUAGUCCUGGAGCUAAAUGUGAACAGUUGCGUCAAUUUUGGAAUCGGCAGUACGUGGUGCUAACAGCCCGAGUCCAUCCAGGGGAGAGCAACGCCAGCUGGGUCAUAAAGGGUACACUGGAAUUUCUCUUGAGUAAUGAUCCCAUUGCUCGCAGUCUACGGGACUCCUACAUUUUCAAAAUCAUUCCCAUGCUAAAUCCUGACGGGGUCAUCAAUGGCUGCCAUCGCUGCUCUUUGAGUGGAGAGGAUUUGAACAGGCAAUGGUCAGAUCCAAAGCCAGACCUUCAUCCAACUAUUUAUCAUACAAAGGCUCUCCUCAGCUACAUGAGAAGUAUUGGCAAGACCCCACUGGUUUAUUGUGACUACCAUGGGCAUUCACGGAAAAAGAAUGUCUUCAUGUACGGAUGCAGCCUUAAGGAGACACUGUGGCAGGCAAGGUCCAGCAUUGACACAGCAACAUUGAAAGAGGAUAUUGGAUAUCGGACCAUCCCCAAAGUCCUGGACAAGAUCUCCCCGGCAUUUGCCAUGAACCGCUGCUGCUUCUUAGUCCAGAAGUCGAGGGAAGCGACUGCACGAGUGGUGGUUUGGAGAGAGAUUGGGGUUCUCCGGAGCUACACAAUGGAGAGCACUUACUGCGGCUGUGAUCAGGGCAAAUACAAUGGUCUCCAACUUGGAACCCGGGAACUGGAAGAAGUGGGAGCUAAGUUCUGUGCAGGGCUCCUGAAGUUAAAGAAAGAGGAAUGGUCAUGUAGCAAACAGCUGAUAACUGAAGAUGGCGCUGUAUUUGAUCCUGAUAAUGAGCUCCCGAAUGAUAGACAUGUGACACCCAGCGAUGGGAGUGUAGAUGAUGAACCACCUUGCUCAGAAGAGAUAGAUUACGACACAGACAAUUGCACUGAGGAAGAUGAUGACUCCAUUGAUCUUGCCGCUGAGCUCAGCGGGAGCUCUGAGGAUGAACUCGAGCUUGAUAAGAAUUAACUGUCCAUUACAGAAUCUGGGAGUGGACAUCCAAACAUUGACAAAAAAACUGCCACAAUGCCAUUCCUGUCACCUGUAAUACCUAAACACAUGAGAACUUCGGAACAGCGUGCAAAAACUUAGCGAACGCCAUUUGCCCUUCACUGUUCAGAGAUGAUCUGAACAUACAAACUGCUUUGGUUGUGAUAAUGUUGCUCAGUGUUUCGCUAUCCUGUAAGUCCUAGUUAUGGUGUGGAUUCCUACUUCAUUUUGUAUUCGGGCUGUUUAGAGGCUUCACCAAUCUGUGGAAAACCCUGAACCCAAUGUUCCUGAUCUUCCCCUGUCAAAGAUGGAAGUGUUAGGCUGAGGAGGGGGCUGCAAGCACAGGACUUUGGCAUUUAUUGGCAUUAUGUAGCACACCUUAAUCAUACUCAUUGGCAUCUUAAUGAUGUAAUACAGAGGCUUCAGACAAUGAAUGCGGCCUUGCUUUUACAUUUUGCAAUUGAAAAAGAGCCUAAUGGUUCUUCCUCACAAUUAUUUUUCCUGCCACACAGCAAUGGGAGUGUACUCAAUGAACAGCUUAUCCACAUUCCUGCACCCACAUCCCCCCCAAAACCCCCACUCCCUCCAACCUCCCCACACCAGCUUCCACUGGUCUCGCUCUCACUGAGAGGCUGUGACAGUUGUGUGAGAAAAUGUUUGGGAAGCUCUGCCUUAAAUCAGGAAACAGUCAGGCAUUGGUGUAGGAAUGUUAAGAGUGAGAUGAACAUAGGAGCCAGGCAGGAUGAAGACCCUGAUCACUGACGCUGUGAGAGUGGAGUCAUUUUCUUCUUAAAGUUUGUUAUAAAUUGGUCUAAACUUGGCCAGUUUAGGCUAUAAUCUACGUGGCACACCCUUCCCUGUAUUUUCAAGUUUUCCUGCAGACUCACACAAGGAAGGGACUCUACAUCGUGGGGAAAGCUGUUACACUUGGUCAGAGCUCCAUGAAAGCCAUCGCUACACCAAAAUCUCCUGGCUGUUUAUGAGAGAGCAGUUCAGCAGCUCAGACGCAUGGCGUAUUGUGCUGAGUGUAGUGUUACAGCCCUAAAAAAUCAUUUAACUAGCUUCUUGUUAUGCCACUUGAUGCACACUGAGGAGCGAUCUGAUUGAUUUUCCAACUUCAAACCACUGAAGAGUGGCUGACAAAGUGUUUUUUACCCCAAGGUGUUACAGAGUUAUUGAAGUUUGUAAGCUUCAUUCCUCACGCUGUCACUUUCUCUUGGUUUGGUGCUUUGUCCAUCUCUCUCUGACAACUGUUCCAUACUGGCUGACUGUCACAGGAAGUUUGGAAUGUUGGUGGAGGGUUGGGGUGGAAGUAGUGUUUUGGAAGCUAAAUGUGAAAUGGUGUUGAUCUCAGAAAACAUUGAGGACAUGAAGCAAUGCAUAAAGGUUGGAGAGCUGUGAAGUCCCACUCCGAUUGCCCAAGGCACUAAUGUGGAAGCACUCCAAGUUGACAUCUGAUAGUUCUUCAUACUCAAAGGUGUUCAGGAGGCAGAGAGAGACAUAGAGAAAUACCUUGACCCCAGAAAAAAAAACAUGCAGAAGCUGCUGUGCUUCAGUCAAUGCUAGGCAGGAUCUCCAAGAGGUGGAGAACCAAUACAACUUGCUCUUUGUGUCAGACUCCUCCCUGCGCUAUGGAAGAAUAUAAGACAUGCUUACAUCUCUUCUCCAAAGGUACAUGGAUUAGCAGCCUUAAUGGUUGACUCUCUUGCAGCUAGAUGUACUAAUUCCACAGAAUAUGAGGAUUUGCUGAUAAUGUGAAGCUUACAGCUGACAUCACUUCCCUGUCCUUCUCCCCUAACCUGGACCAGGAGGUGGCCUAUAAAUGAAUAUUAAACCCAUGUGUGUUGACUUUUCCAAUUCAACUGCAGGCUGCACCCACUGCUACAACUUCAAAUAUGGGCCCCAGCCUUGGUGCUCAGUGAUAUCCCUGCACUGUCCCUGCUCCCCUUCCUUUACCAAUAUGCAACUACCCAGACAUCACACAGCACAGAUCUAUUUAAUUUUCCUGGUGUCAAAUACAAAUUCUCAUGAGGCCUCAUAAGUGCAGGUCACCGGUUUAUUGUCAUUUUAGUUCUGCCAUUUUCACGCUGGUGGAAUCAUAGGCAUUUAAGGCUACACUCACUGUCGCAUCCUUUAUCUGUAACUAGAUUUCCAAUCAGCCAUCCCAAACCCUCUCUAACUUGUUUAAUACACUGUUAAAGAGCUUAACCUUGAUUAUCGGCUGGAUCUUUCCUUUUAGCCCCUCCUAUACCUUUCACUUAUCCUCUUUAUAUCCUAUAUUCCUUUUGAUUUAUGUGCCUCACAGUGCCAGGGACCCGGGUUCAAUUCCAGCCUCGGGUGACUGUCUGUGUGGAGUUUGCACG